AUCUACUGGCUAUAAACUAAGGCAUAAGUUGUUUUCAUCUGUAUACUGGAUCCGACGCCAGUGCACGCCACUCAGACCACUGGGAUCGAAAAAAUAAAUAAUUUAAAGUGAAGUGACUCAUUGGUUCAACAUGGAAAUCAAAGUUUUCUUUUUAAUUUUCGCGGCUACAUUUGCUAGCAGCUUUGAUAUUGAUAAAAGUCAAGUUAUCAAUAUUUUGAACAUUACUCGAGCAACUCGAAUAAGUAUAGAACCUACAAAUUACGAUGUGAGCAGAAACCGGCUGCUCGGAAACAGCCCUUCAAAUGGUGUUGUGUCGAAAAAUUACGAGUUGAGCAGACGACUCGGCAACGGCAACUCGUAUGCGGGCAGCUACGGGCAGUACUACCCAAAUGGACCGGGGGGGUAUUACCCGGGCGGGAACUACCCAGGCGGGAACUACCAGGGGUAUAACCCGGGUCUGGCGGGCCCGCCGGGCGCGCACCCUGGAUGCCCGCUGUGCGAUUCGUCGGUCUACAGCUACUGUUCAUACAAGCAAGCCCAUGAUGCGUGCUGUUGUGACAACCCUUCAUACAUGCCGUUCACGUGCCGCAAGUCGAGCUGCGGGUUCCUGUACGCCAACUCCUGCCAGGAGUACAACCUGAUCUCCAGCUGCUGCUGCGUCGACCUGUACAAGAACGGCGGGGUGCCUCCUGUGCAGCCACCGAUUCCUGUUGUUGCCUAAGCGUCUCCAACAUCCAGUCGGCAUCAACCUACCUAACUACUACAAAAUCAAGUCAAUUGAUUGCUUUGAGAAAACCUUCAUGCUGAAAAUAAAUGCUGUUCUGAAUCCAGUGGGAAAUUGUCAUCUUUGUGAUAGGUUGGACUGUUCAUUAAGUAAUGCAAAAAAAUAAAAAAGCUUGAAACAUUGUGCUUAUGUGCUUCAGUGAGAGUAAGAUCAUGUCAAUCGCUAGUGGCGCCAUCUGAUGGGCACUGAAGCGAUAAGAUUAUCGCUUUUGCACUCACCAGAAUAGCACCACGCACUGUAGAGUAAGGUCUUGCCACUGGCCAGUGGUGCCAACUGAUAAGUGUAAUAUCGUUACAUUGAUUAUGAAGACUCAAGACAAAGUUCUAAAUUCAUCGGAGAAAUCCUUACCCUCCAUUUUGUGGUGGGUUGAUGUUCUGACUGUCUAUUAGCGCAGAAUCGAGUUUCAAAACAUUUUGCUUCGAUUCAGUGCAUCUGUUAAAAGUUCAGUCCUAAGUAGAAUCAGAAAAAUGCUCAAUAAAGCUCAAAGUAAAUGUAGUAGACAUGCGUUUAAGGAAGGACGAUCAUGCAUAGAAACAUCUAUCUCUGCAUCGACUGAUAUUAGUUUUUCGAUUAUUUUCAUUCGUAUUUUCUUCAUUCAUUUUCUCUCAUUAAUUAUCAUCGUCAUCGUCAUCAUCAUGUUCAAAAUUCGUUUUGAACAUCAUUAUCAUUAUUUUCAUAAUCCAUUUAAUUUUUUGCCAUCAUCAUCAACUCAUUACUUUCAUUAUUCUAUGCAUGACUGUCUAAAAUAAAUCUUCAGACUGUAUUUUUGUAAUAAGUAACGAUAAAUAUUAAGUAGUUAUAAGGGUUGAGAUUGUAAUGAGAAAUUGAUUAAGUUUUAAUUGUAGUAGAGUCUAGACUAGACCCAGAAAUCUAGUAGACUUAAAUAUUUUGUGCUAUUUGUUGCUACAUCAAUGAGACAACACUGGCUGUGACUGGCCAGACAGACACGAAACGAAUGAUUUAUUUUUUCAA